CUCACUCCUCUCUCGUUCUUCUUCUUCUUCUUCUUCUUCUUCUGGUUCACAGAAGAAGGAAACCACACAGCUUCAUAUAAUUCAUAAAAUCUGAAGAUAAAAUGGAAGAAAUAUAUUCGUCGAGAAGCAUGAGCAGAUCAAAAUCAGCAUGGCGAGGAGCAGAUGAUCAAAUUUUCUCGAGAUCUAUUGAUGUGAGAAAUGAGGUGGAGGAUGAGGAGGCUCUGAUUUGGGCUGCGCUGGAGAAGCUCCCUACUUAUAACAGAGUCAGGAAGGGAGUUAUGGCCAUGGCGGAAGGAGAACUCAAGGAGGUAGAUAUAAGGACCCUGGACUUACAGGAGAGAAGAAACCUGCUUGAGAGAUUGGUUAAAGUUGCAGAAGAAGACCAUGAGAGGUUUCUGCUCAAGCUCAAGAAUCGCAUUGAUAGAGUUGGACUUGAUUUUCCGACCAUCGAGAUGAGAUUUGAGAACCUGAAUAUUGAAGCAGAAGCUUCCGUGGGUAGCAGAAGCUUGCCUUCUUUCUACAAUGCAAUUAUGAACAAAUUGGAGGCCAUUGCCAAUUAUUUGCACAUACUUCCAAACAAGAAGAGGCCAUUCACCAUCCUUCAUAAUCUUAGUGGAAUCAUUAAGGCCCAUAGGAUGACUUUGCUGCUUGGUCCUCCAGGUUCAGGGAAGACAACAGUAUUACUAGCUCUUGCUGGAAAGCUAAGUUCUGAUCUCAAGGUUUCUGGUAAAGUUACCUAUAACGGUCAUGGAAUGGAUGAAUUCGUUCCACAACGUACAGCAGCCUAUAUAAGUCAGCAUGAUCUCCACAUGGGAGAGAUGACAGUGAGAGAAACUCUAAUGUUUUCUGCAAGAUGCCAAGGAGUUGGAUGUCGAUAUGAUAUGCUAACUGAACUUUCAAGAAGAGAAAAGGCAGCAAAUAUCAAACCUGAUCCUGAUAUUGAUGUCUUCAUGAAGGCAACAUCAAUAGAAGGAAAGAAAACUGGAGUAAUCACUGAUUACAUAAUGAAGAUCCUGGGAUUGGAUAUUUGUGCCGAUACAAUGAUAGGAGAUGAAAUGAUAAGAGGUAUUUCUGGAGGACAGAAAAGGCGUGUCACCACAGGUGAGAUGAUUGUUGGGCCAGCACAAGCAUUACUCAUGGAUGAAAUAUCAAAUGGUUUAGACAGCUCCACAACUUACCAGAUAGUAAAAUCACUCAGACAAAUCACUCAUAUUCUAGGUGGGACGACCUUUAUCUCUCUACUCCAACCAGCACCUGAGACCUAUGAGCUCUUUGAUGAUAUCAUCCUCUUAUCAGAUGGGUUAAUUGUGUAUCAAGGUCCUAGAAAAUAUGUGCUUGAAUUCUUCCAGUUGAUGGGUUUCAAUUGUCCUGAGAGGAAGGGUGUUGCUGAUUUUCUACAAGAAGUGACAUCAAAGAAAGAUCAACAACAAUAUUGGAUACAUCAUGAUAAACCAUACAAAUUUGUAUCGGUCGUCGAAUUUGCAGAAGCAUUUCAAUCAUUCCAUGUAGGAAGAGAGCUCACAAAAGACCUAUCUGUUCCGUUUGAUAAGAGCAAGAGCCAUCCGGCAGCUCUAACCACUUCAAAAUAUGGUGUAAGUCAAAUGGAAUUACUAAAAGCUUGUGCAGAGAGAGAAGUGCUACUGCUGAAGCGAAAUUCUUUUGUUUAUGCAUUUCGAUCAGCUAAGGUGUUGGUCAUGACAUUGAUAAUGAUGACCGUCUUUCUGAGGAAUAAAAUGCACCACCGAUCAAUAAACGAUGGAAUUAUUUUUAUGGGAGCUCUUUUCUUUUUAAUUGUUAAUAUAAUGUUUAAUGGAUUCUCCGAGCUCUCGAUGACGAUUGCUAAGCUGCCUGUCUUCUUCAAGCAAAGAGAUUCUCUAUUUUAUCCUUCAUGGACUUAUGCGAUACCAACAUGGAUUGUGAAGAUUCCAUUUUCAGUUGUAGAAGUUGCCAUCUUGGUGAUGAUAAGUUACUAUGUAGUUGGCUGUGAUCCAAAUGUUGGAAGGUUCCUCAAACAAUUUGUUGUAAUUCUUCUAGUUCAUCAGAUGGCCGCAGGGUUAUUUCGUUUUGUUGGUUCAAUUGGGAGGAACAUGUUUAUGGCUGCUGCAUUAUCGUUCUACAUAUUAUUCAUUUUUCUUGUUUUGGGUGGAUUCAUUAUUGCACAUGGUUGUCUCUCUAAACUUAGUUUACUUUUAGUUGUAUUGCAACAUAAAUUUAACAAAUUUGUCUUCUCUUUGGCAGGUGAUAUUAAGAAAUUUUGGAUUUGGGGUUAUUGGAUGUCACCAAUAAUGUACUCCUAUACAGCAAUUUCAGUAAAUGAAUUCCUUGGAAACAGUUGGAGUCAUAAAUUACCUGGAUCAAAUCAAACACUCGGAGUCGCUAUCUUGAAGUCACGAGAUAUGUUUACUGAAGCAAAAUGGUACUGGAUUGGUGUAGUUGCUUUACUUGGAUACGUAUUUGUAUUCAACUUUCUUUUUGCAGUAUCUCUAACCUAUCUCAAACCAAUUAAAAAAGGCCAACCAGCACUAUCUGAGGAGGCCUUGAAGAAAAGACAAAUUAUUGCAACAAACAGGCUUCAGCAUUCAUCAUUUGAAGGAGAAAACUGUAAUCGUCAAACUAGUGCCAGAGAUAAAUCUAUGAGGAUCUCACCACAUGAUUCUAAUCCUACUGAGUUGAAUACAAGGAAACAAAUGGCACUUCCAUUUGUACCACUUUCUCUCACUUUUGACAACAUAAAAUAUUCAGUAGACAUGCCACAAGAAAUGAAAGGAACAGGGGUUGCGGACAAGUUGAUGCUUCUAAAGGGUGUGAGUGGGUGCUUCAGACCAGGAGUUCUUACAGCACUAAUGGGUGUUAGUGGAGCAGGAAAGACAACUCUUAUGGAUGUACUUGCAGGAAGGAAAACUGGAGGAUAUAUAGAGGGAGGUAUUACCAUAUCUGGAUAUCCCAAGAAGCAAGAAACUUUCGCUCGUGUGUCAGGAUAUUGUGAACAAAAUGAUAUCCACUCCCCACAUGUGACAGUUUAUGAAUCUCUUGUUUACUCUGCAUGGCUUCGACUUCCUUCUGAAGUUGAUUCUAAAACAAGAGAAAUGUUCAUUGAAGAGGUUAUGGAGCUUGUAGAGAUGGCAUCUUUAAGGAAUGCACUAGUUGGAUUGCCUGGUGCAAAUGGUUUGUCGACUGAGCAACGCAAGCGACUAACCAUUGCUGUUGAGCUUAUCGCUAAUCCUUCCAUUAUUUUCAUGGAUGAGCCUACCUCUGGACUUGAUGCCAGGGCAGCUGCAAUUGUAAUGAGAACUGUAAGAAACACUGUUGAUACCGGCAGGACAGUUGUGUGCACGAUUCACCAACCUAGCAUUGAUAUUUUUGAAGCUUUUGAUGAGCUAUUUUUGAUGAAAAGAGGAGGCGAAGAGAUAUAUGUGGGACCAUUAGGACAUAACUCUUUUCAUCUCAUAAAUUAUUUUGAGGGGAUCCAAGGGGUAAGUAAGAUUAAAGAUGGUCAUAAUCCUGCAACAUGGAUGUUAGAAGUCACCACCCCAGCUCAAGAAAGUCUACUCGGUAUUAACUUUAGUGAAGUAUACAAGAAGUCUGAAUUAUGUCAGAGAAAUAAAGCAUUAAUCGUCGAAAAUAGUAGACCAUCUCCUGGCUCACAAGAUCUCUCCUUUCCAACUCAAUAUUCUCAGCCUUUCUUGACACAAUGCUUAGCAUGCUUAUGGAAACAACACUUGUCAUAUUGGAGGAACACUUCAUACACUGUGAUGAGGUUUGUCUUCACCAUGAUGAUAGCAGCGAUGCUUGGGACAAUUUUUUGGAACCUUGGGGGUAAAAAAAAGAAACAACAAGACUUGUUCAAUGCAUUGGGUUCAAUGUAUAGUGCUGUUUUAUUCAUUGGAAUAUCAUACUCGAAUGGAGUGCAACCUGUUGUCGCAAUCGAACGUACUGUUUUUUAUAGAGAGAGAGCAGCAGGAAAGUACUCAGCUAUCAGCUUAACUCCCAAUCUGAACAUAGCUUCAAUAAUAGUUGCUGCAUUUUAUAGUAUUUGGAACCUUUUUGGUGGAUUUGUCAUCCCGAGACCGGCAAUGCCUGUUUGGUGGAGGUGGUACUACUGGGCUUGUCCGGUUUCAUGGUCCUUAUAUGGAUUACUUGUUUCUCAGUAUGGAGAUGUGAAUGAAAUGCUUGAAAUAGAUCAAACAGUAGAGGAGUUCUUAAGGUGCUACUUUGGGUUCAAGCAUGAUUUCUUGGGAGUGGUUGCAGUCAUGGUUGUCUUGUUUGCAGCUUUCUUUGCUUUUCUAUUUGGGUUUGCAAUUAAAGUGCUUAACUUCCAAAGAAGAUAAUUGAGUGUUUAAGGAAAAAGAAGAGAUUAAUGAACUAUUCUUGAAUGGUUCCUUCUUGCAAAUCUCCUUUUCUUCAGCACAUUUGUAUCCUUGUUGAUAAAUAAAAUUACAAUAUGAUGUUUGAAUGAAA